AUGGCUAUCAACACGGAUGCCGCGUUUGGUAAAAGGGCCAUGGGGGAGAGGGAAGUCUCACAUCCCACCGACUUCCAAGACACAGAGAAACUCCUGAGCGCCGUGACCACCGGGGAAAGCAACCUCAAACCGUGUGACACAUCUUUCAACUUGAGAAGCAGCAUCCAUUCCCUGAAUACCGAGCAGAACGGACACCGAUCGCCAGUAAGGUCAGGCUCCGCGCCCGUGUCCCAGCUGAGCUUCGGACCCCCCCUCCUCCUCCGCCGCUCCCCGGUGCCACCCGGUUCAGAGCCGCCGAGCUACCUGUGGCUUGCGGUGUUGUCGUGCUUUUGUCUUGCUGUGCCGGUGAACAUGUUCGCGCUGUGGUAUGCUCACAUGUCGCAGUCUGUUCUCCAGACCGGGGAUGUAGACGGAGCUAAGAGGCUGGGUCGUGUCUCUCUGCUGCUCAGCUGUAUCUCCAUGUUCCUGGGUGUGGCCGUCAUCAUCUUCAUAGUGGUCACGGUUCGCCUUGUCUUACCAGCGAUCUUUUCCGCCUUCCUGUUUCUCUAG